CAGUUGAGCAUUGAGCAACCGUCAGUCAGCCUGGAAUCCAGAAUGAAGCCGUUGUCGUUGCUGCUGGCUGUGUGAAGUUCACAACGAAUGUAUGAUUCUCCAGAAUCGAGACAGUAGACCUUUAGGAGCCAUGAGGAACGACGGGAACGACCUUUAGCAGCUGUUCCACCAUGGAAGUUCGACUUCAGGCUUCAGGUUGCUUCAGGCCCGUACUGAAGGGAUCUUAUACCCGUCAACAUCAUUCUUCAGUUGAUUCCAUCUUCCCACGCUUUUGGUAUGGCGUGUUCUGUCCCUCCGCGAAUUGACGUGUUCAAUUCGCAGACUAAACAUCGUGCAGUCUGAUAAGCCUUCUUGCGAACGGCUUCAUGGAAACCGUUGGAAUCCAUUCAGAUCUGCUUCCCCUUCAUGGUUCAGCCUAUGCCAGCUCGGAGUCGGUCCACUGGACCAACCUGCACGGAAAGCCUUCGUCAGGACUCGAACCCGUGACCAGAGCCUUGCAAUCAGGUGUGACGCUGGAAAGUCUUCCACGCCAGCAGAGGCUCCAGAGGAAGAAAUCAGGGAUUUCGAAUCUGAACGGAAAUCCGAUAGCAAGCCAGCGCUGACGGUUGGAGCGGAGUUUGUGACACGUGGAGUGGGGGAAGGGGAGGGGGACAGCGAGGGAGGAGAAGGGGAGGAGAGUGUGAGGAUAGUUGGGAAAGAGGAGGGGGGAAACAAGGAAGGCAAGAGUAAGAGGAGUGGGAGGAGAGCGGGAAAAGCCAAGGGAAGGAGUGAGGGGAGCGUCAGGAAGCGUAGAGGGGGGGCAGGAUGCGAGGAGGAGGAGGCAGUGGCUGUGAUUGCUGGAUUUUUUAGAGAGAAAUUCGGGCCUCAAAUUGUGAGACAGGAGUUUGAGGAGGGGUCUGAAUACGGAAGGAUUGAGGACGAAGUGGAGAGGGAGCGAGAGGAAGAAGAGCAGGAGUUGGGAGUCGACACAGAACUUGAGGAAGUCGAGGAAGAGGAAGCAAUAACAGAUACGGUUGAGGAGGGUUCACCAGCCACCACAUCUCGUCGCACACGCCCUACUCCACAACCCAAUGCACGUGCAACCUCUCCCUCCUCCCUCCUCGCCCUCUACCGCUUCUUCUCCUCCCACCUCGGCAUCUCCUCCCCUUCCACUGUCGCUUCCGUUCUUGCCUCACGCCCUCAAAUCCUCCGCUCCAAUCCCACCAAUGACCUCCUGCCACGUGUCCAUCUCCUCCAGCCAUAGGGCAUAUCCCGUGCAGACAUCGCUGACAUCACCUUGAAAAACCCAGGCUGGCUCCGAACCUCCCUCCCACAAAUUCAGGAUACGCUCUAAUUUCUCUUGGCUCGAGGCGUCCGCCGAAGCAGAUUGGGCUUUGUGCUUGGACGUGGGCGAGGCUUAAUCUGCUCGCAGGCACGUUCAACGAACCUGGACAUUCUGGUGGCGAGGGCAAGGGUUCCUGUGGACAAACAGGGUGUGAUUAUAGAGAGAUAUCCAAGUAUCAUGACCUGGAAUGAGAAAUCGCUGGCGACUCAGGUCGAGCAAUUGUCAGCCUAUUUGACGGAGGCAUGUGGAGGGAAGCUUGAAGGAGAUAGCACCAGCACAGGCCACCUGACGCAACGAUCAAAUACGCAGCACCUGGACAGCAACUAUCUGGCCCGGCUGAUUCUCAAAUCUCCGGCCAUCCUCUCUUAUUCUCCACACCACAUCUCCGCCAAACUCGCCCUCCUCCAGUCCUUCACUCCCCCAGGUAGUCCCCCUAUUGCCAGCUCUAUUCUCAGCAAGGCCCCCACCGUUCUCAACCGCAGCCGAGAAACUCUCUUAGCUAAGCUCCAGUUCGUUGUGGAGCUGGUGGGGGGGGGAGGCAGCGGGGAGGGUAGUGCGCAGCCAUGCGAGAGUUUUUUGUGUGUCGAUAGAGAACCUGCAUGGCGGUGCUGACUGGUCUGAUUGGCCGAGAGAACGCCAUGCGUGCAGUGGCACAAUCUCCACCACUGCUGAUUUCUAGUGAGGUUAAUAUGAAGGAGAGUUUCCGAGAGCUGGUGCGGGAAGUGGAAGAGGCGCUGGAAGGGAGUGGAGGAGAGGUAAGUGGAAUACCAAGGUUGGAGGAAGGAGAGAGAGUUGAAUGCUCGGCUAAGGGGAACGAGUCCCGAGCUUGUGAUUCAGCAGCACAAGAAGCCAAGAGAGUCAAGGCUCGUCAGUUGGUAGUGCAGUUGGUGAAGUGCCCUCAAUCUAUCUACUGCAAUUGGGAACGAAACACAAAGCCCAAAGUAGAGUACUUAAAGCGGGACAUGGGGAGGUGCUUGCCUACCCUCUCUCUCUUACGUUUAGUCUAGAUAGACGAAUCAGGCCGUGGCACGUGGCAUUGAUACAGAUGGGCUAUGUGGUUGCUCCGUAUUCUAAGGCUCUUCAGAUGAGUGGGGAGGGAAGAAAAGCUCAGGUGAGGAGGACGGGGGAAUAUGUACCACUGAUUGAGGGGAAGGGGGGUGAGGUGGGUGGGGAACUCUUGGCCUCUCUUGGGAACCUCUCAAGACGACUGCAAGGCAGGUACAGCCAAUGAGCAGCAAAGCCAGGCAAACCGAACAGUGUCUCUGCGCCAGCUCCUACACUCUUAAAACAAGAAGUUUCAGGAGAUGUUCAAAGCCAGGCCAUAGAUGCCUUUUCCAGAUGGCCUUUGGCUGUUCUAUACGACAUCGACGAUUUCAUUAACCUGCACAGUCUGGCUGGACCCAGUUGGAUACAGCUGCACCACGUCCUCAGGGGAUCGCGUGGAUGUUGAAUGUCUCACUACCUGACCUGACCAGUGACCAGAGUUUGUGCGACUAACUCUGAAAGGGCAUAGACACAAGGCUUGUGUAACCAAGCAUUCUGUUACCCUGUGAUG